GCCCUUGCUUCCUCCCUUCAUCUCGCCCCGGGUCGAUCUUACAGCAUCGCUGAACCUAUAACGCAACUUAAGCUUGAAUGCUUGCUGCACCUGAGACGGCCAUGAGCAAGCUUUCCCAUCCUCAAAGCCGCGAUCGCUCUGUCCAUCCGGAGCUAUACAGACUCAUAGGCGAUCUCGAACGCGGAGUCGACGCGGAGGAGGAAGAGUUGGGCUUGGUUCUGCAGGCGCUUCAUAGCGAGCUUGAGCUUCCUCGAGAUGAAAGCUUUUCCCGUAUGGGGUCUAUGGGCGAGGAAGCUCUAGCUCCGGCGGCGGCGGUGCAGGCCCGAGUUGAGGUGGCAUCGCCUGACGAUGCUGGCGCGGUCCGACACGAACACCUCGCUGCAGACACGACGCACUCAUUCUCUGGAUCCCUGGUCAAAGCUACCUACCUGUCGACGCCCCUGCGCACGAAGUUCUUUCCCCGCGUCAGUCCAACAACUCUGCGUCUCCUGCUACAAUCUCCGUCGACCAGCAUCGAAAGCCCGAACUCCAGCAUCUCGACAGACUCGAGUGACGUUGCGAUAAUACCUGUUCUUGGCGAGGCGCCGCACAUCCAGGGAUUCCAGACUGCGACGAUCUCUGUCGCCGACCGCGCCGUCCUCCACGACAUGCGUGUCGCAACCCCGCCCUUGAUGUUUCCGAAGCCAGCCACGAAGUCACAAUGUCCGACGACUGACAUGCCUCUCACUCCGCCGCCCACUGGAGAGCUCCCUUCUGUCGCUCAGUUCCCAUCGCCAGUCCAGCUUCCUCCUUCUCCAGAAUCACCGAAUGCCAGCGAUCCAGAGUGCCCUUUUAAUGCACAAGAUAUCACGCAAAAUUUUUCUCCUCCGCCUACACCCCCUAGGGCUGCCACUCGUCUUCCUCGUCGCCGUCCUCUGACCAUCAACGUGGCCGCUGCCAACGCCCUGAAUGGGUCCACUCCCGCUGCUCCUCUUCGUCCCUUUUCCGAGGCCCAGCCCAUCCCGCAUGCUCCUCACUUGUCGCUCCUUUCGCCGACUGCCGUGCGGCGCUUCCGCCGAGUCAUCGACGAGAUGCGAGGCGUAGACGAGGCGGCCGAUGCGGGGAAGGACGAAGAUAUCAAGGACGAACGCGAAGAUAUCGGAUCACCCUGGCUGUCGGACGUCUUCACCUCGUCUUCCGCUGACUCUUCGCUGAGCUUUGCUGAAGACGAGGCUGGGCCUGCCUCGCCCACAUCUACACACUCUGUCUCAACGCAUGCGUCUCGUAUCGCCGCCAAGUCACCUUCGCUCAUCUUUGAGGGCCACUCGAAGGUUGACACGCGAUUGAACGAACUCGCCGAUCUCCUGGAGGAGCGCACGGCUAGGGAUGAGGGCCAGGUCGAGAUGUUGUAUCGUCUGGCUGAGCGAAUCAAGGCCAUGGCUCACGCGCGGAGAGAUGCGGUCCAACAGAUCGAUGCAUUCAGGGAAAGGCCAUAAAUAGAGCAUAAUAAUAAGAUUAAUGCGCAAUAAUGUACCGCAGUCGUUUGCGAGUUGAGUACGCUACAAAGAG